GAAUUUUGUUCAACAAAGAAACUCACCUUCUGAUAAUAACUAUUAGUUGAGUGACUUUCUGAGUUUCAUUAGUUGGAACUAAUAGUUGAACGAAGAAGAAGAAGAUAGAACUGCACAAUUAGUUGGUAAUACGUACAGAGCAACUUUACUGGCCCAGAAAAGGCAAAAAAGAAACCGAAAUUGCACACUGAAAACUAUGACUAUCUUUAGUUCAGUUAUGCAGAUGGAUGGACUACUCCUGAGUGUUAUGCAGCAGACAUGUCUUCCAAAUUCGAAUAAUGAAUUGUUCCACUAGCAUCCUGUACGUCUUCUGGUGCAGAGGAUACAAUAUCAUUGGAGUUGGGAUGAUGAUGUAUUGGCAAAUCUGUUGGUUGGAUAGAAUUUUCUGAAGAAUUAUUAUGAGUAAUUCCAGAUUCUGGAAGUUUAUCUUGUGGUUGACCGGAUGAUAGAGACCAUCAAAGUGUCAGCUAAUUGCUACGACUUUUGACCAAAUCGUGGUUUGUGAAUUUGAGAUUCUCUGGUGGAAAUCUCUGUACUUGUAGAGGUAGCUGGCUAUGAAAAUGAGGAGGCAUACUGCUGUAACUCCGCCUGUAAUGACAAAAAGGCCUUUGAAACUUUGCAAUGAGAUCGUGAUUGAGUUUAUGCUGUUGUCUGGUCCUGCACGGAUUGGUUCAUUUCUCAACCAAUUUCGCUCCAUUUCCAGGAUCUUCCCAUUCUCUGUUAGUUCGUUGACUGCACUUGACACAUCAGCAACUAAAGGAGAUCCUUUAGGGAAUUGUAGCUGAUUCAAAUGCACAUGACCCUAGUAAACGUAUGCGUACUGGAGGUGAUUAAACACACACUGGUUAUUCAAGUCCCUCUCCUUUCCACCCUCCCCCGGCACCUGUCUGGGCACCACAUGGGUGUAUCACUCAAGGUCCUCCACCAUACAAUCCUUAUGGAGGCUACCCUGUUGCUCACAUGCCAGUGUCGGCGCCUGCUCCUGUGCCAGCACCAAGCAGUUAUGCGCCAGUCCAGAAUACUAAAGACAACCCUGCUUGCAAUACCCUGUUCAUUGGCAAUCUUGGAGAGAAUAUAAAUGAGGAAGAGCUGUGGGGACUUAUCAGCGGACAACCUGGUUUCAAGGAGAUGAAGGUUUUGAGACAGGAAAGACAUACAGUGUGUUUCAUCGAAUUUGAA